GAAAUUAUCAAAAAGGUUCGUCAGUCUUAUACCUUUAAAGAGAAAGCCAAUGUCAUUCGAUAUGCUCUUCAUGAAGGCAAUCUUAGGGCCGCUGCCAAGUUUGGUUUAAAUAAGACUCAAGUUGGUCAUUGGGUAAUGAAGUUAAAGGAUAAACUUGAUGAGAUUGAUUAUAGCAAAUCUUGUCGUCUUGAAGGCGGUG